UUAUAUUUCAUUUUAUCUUUUAUUUUAUACAUUUUAUUUUGUGAUGUGAUGUGAGCGCAGGUGCAACCCAACAGGCCCCAAACGUUCCCGGCAGCAAGUAAAAAUGAAAUAUAAAAAUAUAGUCCAAACAGGUAAGGUGUAAUUGUAUUAUGAGCCAUAGUGCUUGGUCUGUUUGUCCUAUGUAAAUCAAUUGCAGUUAGAGGCUACAUUAAUUUUCUUUCUAUAAGCACUUAUUGAAAUUAUCUGAGCACAUUACAAGUACAUAUUUGCUUACUCUGUAUGCUCAAAUGUGACCCGUUAUAGCCAACAGAAAAAAAGCAGAGGCCCGAAAAACAGGUGGGGGUCCUCCACCACCACCACUCACAGAGGCUGAGCAGUUGGCCCUCAGCCAAAACAGUGGGCGCCCUGUGGCUGAAGGCAUCUCUGCGGGGACAUCCUCAGAGUCAAUAACCCCGCAAGACACAAGUGCCUACAUAAGAGUUGAUGGUGAUGGUGUACUGCAUCUGGUGCAGCCUCCUGUUGAGCCAGACCAACAUGCAGUUGAAAAUAAUGAAGAAACAUUGACAGCUGUUACAGAGGAGGAAGCAACAGAGACACUUUAUGAGAGUGAUGAUGGAAAUGCAGAGGAAGAGGGUCCAGCCACUUCUCCAACAAACCUUUCCUCACUCCCUGUAAAGCAGCUGUACAAGACCUAUUUGAUCAAGAAAAUUAAAAAAUGCGACUUGGAAAUGGAACACUUCAAGCAGCAGAUCCAAAAGACCAAGACUGAGAUUUUACUGCUGGAACAUCAGUUAAGGGAAAUGCGGAUUCAUUCGAAGAAGAAGAAUAUUGUUGUGGCAGUGCUGCUUGUCAUUGGGGGAUUAUAUGUCAUUAACCAUUGUGACUUCCUGGCUGUCUUUGCAAGGUCACCUGAAACAGUUCAUCAUAAGUUAACAUGGCAAGCAGACAGGCUUGUUAGUAUGGAGUCCUGGAUUGACCAGGCAGAUUAUCUGAGUUUCAAUGUGUCCUAUCAGCUGCUUGCUGGAGUGCUGCCUACUCAACAGAAGUAUUUAUCUGUUGGAUUAUCCUCAGUAAAGAGGAAGAAGGGCAGCUAUCUGGUCCCCACAUUGAAAUCCAUCUUCUCCCAGUCGUCUCCUGAGGAGCGCUCCUUCAUGGUGGUGGUAGUGCUGCUAGCAGAUUUCGACGUCAGCUGGAGAGUCGACACUGUGAAGGAGAUCAAAUCGGCUUUUGCCUCUGAGUUGGAACAAGGCCACCUUUUGGUUAUCCAUGUUCCCCAGGACUGGUACCCUCCUAUUACAGGUCUGAAGAGGAAUUUCAACGACGCUCCCGAAAGAGUAACGUUCCGCUCCAAGCAGAACCUGGAUUAUUCCGCCCUGAUCCACUAUUGUGCUGGUCUUGGACGGUAUUACCUUCAGCUAGAGGAUGACGUGUUCUCUGCAAAAAACUUCCUCACAACCAUUAAAAAGCGAGUUGAGGAGCAAGAAGGAAAAAAGUCCACCUGGGCAACGCUGGAAUUCUCUGCCCUCGGCUACAUUGGUAAACUCUACAAAUCAGCCCAUCUUCCUCUUUUGGCUCGCUUUCUCUUCAUCUUUUACCAGGAAAUGCCCUGUGACUGGUUGAUGAAUCACUUCCGAGAGGUGAUGACUCAAAAGGAGACCAUCCUUUUCAAACCCUCGCUGUUUCAACACAUGGGAACUUUCUCCUCAUUUCAAGGCACAUACAAUAAGCUGAAAGACAAGGAUUUUGAGGAGGACAUCUAUACCAAUCCAUCAGCUGAAGUUUACUCUGACAUGUCCACCUAUCAGAAGCACUUCCCCAAACUGGCCUGGGAUGCUGGGGAAGGUUUCUUCUGGGGCCGCACCCCAGAAAAAGGAAAUUACCUGACUGUAGUGUUCACUGAGCCUACGGUGGUGACAGGGAUAUUUGUUGAAACGGGGUCAGGAGGCAAAGACAUCCUGGAGUCAGGUGAGGUGGAGAUGGGUCACAAUGUGGUGGCCACAGACAAAGAGAAGAGUUGUACAGAGUUUGAGUCAGUGGGAGCCUUUGAGAAUGGAAAGUUUAAAAUGCAGGAGUUGGAUAAAAAGUACAGCUCAGCCUCUUCGUGCCUGAAGAUAAAGAUCACAGCUACUCAGAAGGACUGGUUGAUCAUUACGAAAAUCAGAAUCACCACAAAGCCGACUUUACCUCAUCAAUAGACAUAGAUGUUAGUUCUUCCUCGCAGAUUAAAAACUAUUUUGAUCAAAAUAUGCCAAACUGAACUUAGGACUUGUGUGCCUUGUUAAAAUGUUUCAUUUAUCAAACAUCAACUAAGUGCUCUAAGCAAAUUGUCACUUUGAAGCAAGUUUGACCAAACUUUGUGAUGAUAUGUUGUCUCUUCACCGAAUCAAGGAGCUAUAAUCAGACAAUCAACUCCAUGUGUUGUAUGUAUGUACUGUUAAUGCAUUUGGCUAAUUGCAUUGUGUGUGAAACUGCACUCUUCAUUAAUUCAUUGUUUUAAAAUGAAGAAGAGAGAACAUCCAUGUGCUUAUUAUGAGACCUAUUGAUUGUAGGUUGCCACCUAUUGGUCAAUAGGUGGUCAAUGCUUGUGAUGGCUGGCCAACUGCUUUUGCUGAAAUAUUACCUGUUUGUCUCCCCUCACCAGUAUCAGGCCUGCUAUGGCUUUUCUCAUCAGCGGCCUGAUUCAAACCUCAGGCUAGAUCUAUAAAUAGUGUACGUCUGUCACAUGUUACACCAACUACACAGAGAGGAUAAAAGAUGUCAGCUCCCAUUUGCAGUUUGAUCUGUUUUUUGUUUUUUGUUUGGUUUUUUUGGUUUUUGUAAUAGGAAUUUUUGCUUUCUUAAAUACCUCAGCUCCUUUUUCCGAUAAGUACAUAUGUUUUUAUUUGAUUCCGGGGGGAUGCACUAUAAAGGGUAAUGGGUUAACAAGGUAUGUUGAGUUUUCAGUAUCACAAAAGCAGUACAGUGGGUUCUUUCUGUUGGCUCACAGCAUGAAAAGUCUGGGUUCAAAUGUGCCAACUGAAAGCUUGUUUUUUGGAGUGUCUGUGUAGGUUCUCUUUGGGCACCGUAGCUUCCUCCUCCAAAGACAUGCACGUUAGGUUAACUGGUGGUUGUAAAUUGGCUGCAGGUGUGAAUGUGAGCAUGAGUCAUCGACCAUUUUUCUGUUGGUCUUGUGAUGGACUGGUAACCAUCUCAGGUGACUCUUUGCUUCAGGCUCCCAUGCCCAAAUCUAAAUCUGAUAAGCAGUUAAGAGGAUGGAUGGAUCCCUUGACUAGAUUAAAUUUAUAUUGCACAUCUAACUUGCUUCAGACCAGUUUACACUCUUUCGCAUUAAACUUGGCUGAAAAAAGCAUGCCAAAGUAUCCUUGGGUACGAUACUGAAUCCUGACGCAUUCAUCUGAAUGUGAGUGUGUGUGAAUGUUACAUAGAAAGCGCUUGAACACUGAUGUGUAAAUGGGUGAAUGAGACAUGUUGUAUAAAGUGCCCAAGUAGAGUAGAUACAAGAACCAGUCUAUUUACCAUUCUACAUGCAGAGUUAGCCACUGUGGCAACCUGUUGUGAAUAACAGAGCAGGGAAAAGUAGCUCUUUCUCUCUGAGAGAAAGUGUCCAUCCAUUAGCCACCUGUUGAACUGCAUGUUUUUAACACAGCCCAACAAAGAUAUGUACUGAAGACACAAAGGUACAUCUUUCCACUGGAACCUGCAUUCAUUCAGCUAAUUAGACAAAUCUGUUUCAAUUUUAGAAUAUAUAACAGAUAAUAAUAAGUGAGAUUAAUUUCACUUUAAUUUGGCUAAAAACUGAAUUUCUGCAUCUACUUCUUUAUAGGACAGUAAUUAAAAUUUAUAGUGUAAGAAGUAGAUUAAAAACAUUCUGUGAGAAUGCCCCUCUUGCUUUUUUUUUUUUUUUUUUUUUUUUUGCACUGCCAGUUUUCCUUUCAUGGUCUUAUGCCCUGCUUCUGGAUUGAAUUAUGAAGUAUCCAAUCAACCCAUUUCAUGCAACAAAUGAACACAUACCCCAUCUUCUGGGAGCACCCACAGAUUCCAAAUUAAUACAACCUCGAUUAACAAAGAAAGAGGAUAAACACCACAGUAUUUACCAAAACUCUGGCUUCAUCCGUUCAUGGUUUGAUAUAGUGGGAUAUGAAAAUGGGCUGCUUACAAUUUCCCAAUGAUUAGCUUUAUAAAACAGAAUCAAGUACAUACAAAGCUUUACAAAUGUGACAGACUAAAGCUGCAAAAUGCUGCUGAACCUAUCACAAACUCUGACAGUACACUGAACACUUGUAAUGUUACUAACCAAUAGCGUGUGUGAGAGAACAAUGCCUUUUAUUCUUCUCCAUCAUUCAGUAAUGCUGGAACCAAUUACACUGGUCAGCUGACGGAACAAUAAGAGAUUCUUGAUUGGAGUGUCAACUUGACAACAUGUUUUUCAGAGUAGAGGUAAAAGGCACAGGAGAAGUGAAGGGCUGAUGUAGUGGGCAGUUUGAGUGCGAUUAGUAACAUUUGAGGCAACACUAAUAACAUUUCCUUGUAUUACCAUAUUUUUCCUUUUCAUAAUUCACAUGGUGAAAAUGGAUUAAUUACAACCGGUCAACACUACUACUGUUCAGAUGUAUUUAUUUUUAUAGGUUUCUGUCGUUUUCUGAUGCACUGAGAAAUAAAGGACUGUUCACAGGUC